CAAAUGCUAAAACUAGUACUUGUUUAAUACACUAUAAUUUAAAAUUAGAAACGUUGAGAAUUAGUGUUUAUUUCUUUGUAAAAAAACAUACUGAAAGUAGUUUGAACAGUGUCCACUUCUUUUCAUAUAUUGCACCUUCAGAUAUUUGAAAGGUAUAUCCUUAAGAUAAGGAACAGGCAUUUUUUUCUGUGCUUGGCAGAUUGGCAUAUUUCUUUCUAAUUUUGGAUUAGCUUCCAACAUUUUGUCCUUUGUACUUUCAGUGAUGUGAAAUAUCUCAGAGAGUUUCUUUAAUGUGAAGCUUCUUGCCAGUGGCACUUCCUCUAGGGCAUCUUUAUCCUUUUCAUCACAACCGCUUUUCUUAUUUAUGUCACUACUUUUGCUUUCACUAAGUUGUUCUGGCUGCCCAUCUAGUGCACAGCAGCAGGUGUCACCAUUCCUCAGCCCCCUGUUUCUUCUGUAACUAUAAUUGCAUUUACUUUCUGUUGCAGCAUUAUACCUUUUCAUUUCUUUGCUGUUCAUCUUUAUUGGCUGUUCUCUAUGUCAGUUAUCUUUUUUUUGUUUGUUUUUGUCACAUGGUUUUUCACUGGAAGACAAGAAGGUAACAAAACUACAUAUCUCUGCAUAAACUGAAUAACAUGUUCUGUGAACAAUCACCAACACACUUUGAAAGAAGUGGGGUGACUGGUUACUGAUCGUAAUGUGCAUUUAUUUACAAAGUUACUUACAUAGUGAUUUGUGAACUGAAGAGUUAGCUAAGCUUGUGCUUUAUGCACUUGUUCAGCUAAUAUACCAUGCUGAGACUUUACCCAAGCUGUUGAGGGAGAGUGGUAUUAUUUAACUAACUUGUGGUAACUAAAAUGUGUCCAUUUUGGAACCAUACAAAACAAGGGCUUUCUGUGCUUAUCUGUAUUUACCUUAUUGAUGUCUUAGCAUAUUAAAAUGGUGAUAAAAUUGUCCUGGAGAGAGGGAGGGACACCAUACUGGAGACAAAGUGUAGGAACAGAAGCAUAGCUGAUAUGUGUAAAAAGGAUAUUUGUAAAAACAUAAUGAAAAUCUUUCUAUAGUGGAAGGAAAGAGAUUAGUACUGUGUGUUUUUUCCCAUAGUGACUGAGGCCAGUUUGAUUCAUUUUCACAAUCAUUUAUUGAAGUUGGGCCUAUUGCACCCAACAGCUAAAAGAAUGAAUAAGUAAUAACACAUAAAGAAAAGUCAUAGAAUAUACACUUUGAUUUGUUGCUAGAUGUAUGUAAAGUUAAGGGAUUUGGACACAGGCAGCCUGGCUUCAGAGCUGUGGGUCCAUGCUUGGUCUUUUCUUUUUUUUAAAUAUUUUUCAAAUUGAAGUGUAGUUGAUGUACAAUGUUACAUAAGUUACAGAAUAUUACAUAAGGUACAGGUAUACAAUAGUGAUUCACAAUUUUUAAAGGUUAUACCCCGUUUAUAGUUAUUAUAGAAUGUUGGCUGUACUCCCUGUGUUGUACAAUAUAUCCUUGUAGCUUAUUUUAUACAUAACAGUUUGUACCUCUUAAUCCCCUACCCCUGUUUUGUGGGUCCAUGCUUUUAAUUGUUACUGUUAUGACUUUGAACAACCAAAUCAGAGAGCUACGUGUGAAUGGAAUGUGUUUUUGUUCAUUUUUGAAAUCUCUGUAAAAUAUAGUUCUUGGAUUUGUGUUUUAAAAUCUGUUGUGACCCAAAACAAUCUCAGACUUUAAUAUUUGCAACUUUUUGUGUUAAAACCAAAUGUUUCAUCAUUAGAAGAAUAGAACUAAGUAUGAUAUCUUUGAUUACUAAUGUAAUGUUUGCUUUUUUAGAAUAAAAAUAUUUGUUUUAAUUACCUUAAGGUUUAGAUGUCUCCAGGAAUUUCAUAAAAUUGAAUUUAUUCCCUCUAAAAAUAUAGUGUAUCUAUUAAUACAUCACAGUUGUUUUCAAUUAUUAGUAAAAUGUAUUCGUGUUUUUCUUUGUUCACUGUGUAUAGAAUUGGCAACAUUUUAUAUUUGUGACCUGAUUUCUUUAAAUGGGUUCUUUAACUAUAUGAGUUAUUUCUCUACUUUGUUGGACUUUUAUCUCUAUGGAUUUGAAAUCCACUAAAAAGAAUGUUCUUUUAUUUCUUCCUCUUCUUUUGGUGCAUUAAUUGGCCUUUAAUUACCAUGAAAAUAAGAAAAAAGACGUUACCUAUGGUGAUACAAAUAUUUCUAAACAUUUUUUUAGUACUCUUUACCUGUUUUUCAGUUGGCUUAUUUUUUGAGUAGGCAGUACAUUUAUAAAGUUCAAAACUCAAAAGUUAACUGGAAGGACAUAGAGUGAGACGCUUCCUAGUCCUAUCCUUCAGCCACACAAUUCCUGUCUCGAACCUGUUGUUACCUUCAGAGAUAUUUUAUGCACCUACAACCAAAUCUACAUUAGCACACAUAUUUGCAUAUAUACUCAUGUCUUAGUUCAGAUUGGUAUAACAAAGUACCAUAGACUGGAUUUCUUAUAGACAACCGAGACUUAUUUCUCACAGUUCUGAAGGCUAGAAGUUUGAGAUCAGGGUGCCAGAAUGGUCGAGUUAUUGUAAGGAUCCUCUUGCUGGGUUGCAGGUUGCUGAAUUCUCAUAUCCUCAUGUGGUACAAACAGAUCUAGCUAGCUCUCUGGCCUCUGAUAAGGCUGCUAAUCCCAUUCAUGAGGGCUCCAUCCUCAUGAUCAGUUACCUCCCCAAAGCCCCACCUUCAAAUAACAGCACAUUGGGUUUAGGGUUUCAACGUAUGGAUUUUGUGGGUGAUGGCAAACAUUUAGUCCGUUGCAACAUAUACACUCAUGUGCUUACACAUGGUAUUACAUAAGUUGUUUCUUAUACAUGCUAUUCAAAAUGUGUGUCUUUUCACUUACCAAUGUAACUUUCAGGUCAGUCCCUCAAAAAGAGCUUUCUCUUUUUUAUGGUGCAGAAUAUUCCAUUGCUUAUGUGUGUCACAACAUAUUUAAUUUGUCCUUCUUGAUAGACAGUUAGGUUUCCAGUCUUUUCCUGUUUCAAGCAAUGUUGCUAUUGACAGUUGCACAAAGUUAUUUGCAUGUGUACAAGUAUUUGUAUAUGUUUUCAUAUAACCUAGUUUUUAACUUUGAAAAAUAUAUUCAUUUUUAUGUAUUAAUUUUAUAGAGUAUGUUUUAAUCCAUAGAUAGUUUCAAGAUUGAAUGGUAAUAGAACAUAAUACCAGUAAAUAUUGAUACACAGUUGUUUUCAUCGUUUUUAUUUUAAAUUGGAGGGAGAUACAUGGUUUUCUUUGUAACAUUUUCUACUUGAAUUUUAAUCAAACUUCUCUGAUGUGAAAAUUUUUGAUAAUGAGAUUUUCAGAAAAUUUACUUUCAGUAUCUACAUACUAAGUUAAUAUUAAUAUUCCUCAUUCCUAAGUUAAAAUAUUAAGGUUAACACAAUAAGGAGUGGAUAAUUUGGGGAUAUAGUAGGAACAGUAAACAUAUUUUUGAGUUGCAGUCUAUAGAUAUUAUAAGAUAUAGGCAUACCUCAGAGAGAUAUUGUGGGUUCAGUUCCAGACCACCACAGUAAAGUGAAUAUCAAAAUAAAGCAAGUCACACAUUUUUUUUUUGGUUUCCUAUUGCAUAUAAAAGUUACGUUCAUACUAUAGUACAGUCUGUUAAGUAUGUAUUAACAUUAUGUCUAAGAAAAACAAUGUACAUACCUUAGGUAAAAAAUACUGUAUUGAAAAAAUACUUUAUUGCUAAAAAUGCUAUCAUCUGAGCCUUUAGUGAGUUACAGUGUUUUUGCUUUUGGACAGUUGUGCCUUGAUGUUGAUGGCUGCUAACUGAUCAGGGUGGUGGUUGCUAAAGGUUGGGGUGACUGUGCAAUAUCUUAACCUAAGACAACAAUGAAGUUUGCCAUGUUGACUGACUCUUCCUUUCACAAUUUCUGUGAAGCAUACAAUGCUGUUUGAUAGCAUUUUACCCACAGUAGAACUUCUUUCAAAGUUGGAGUCAGUCCUCUCAUAUCCUGCCACUGCUUUAUCAGUUAAGUUUUUUGUAAUAUUUAAAUCCUUUGUUGUCAUUUCAACAGUCUUUACAGAAUCGUCACCAGGAAUAGAUUCCAUCUCAAGAAAGCACUUGCUUUGUUCAUCCAUAAAGAGCAACUGCUCAUUCAUUAAAGUUUUAUCAUGAGAUUGCAGCAAUUCAGUCACAUCUUCAGGCUCUACUUCUAAUUCUGUUUCUCUUGCUCUUUUGCCAUAUCUGAGUUACUUCCUCCACUGAAGCCCCUCAAAGUCAUCCACGAGGGUUGGAAUCAAUUUCUUCCAAACUCCUGUGAAUGUGGAUAUUUUGACCUCUUCCCAUGAAUCAUGAAUGUUCUUAAUGGCAUCUGAAGUGGUGACUUCUUUCCUGAAGCUUUUCAAUUUACUUUGCCCGGGUGCAUCAGAGGAAUCACUGUCUAUGGCAGCUGUAGCCUUAUGAAAUGUAUUUCUUAAAUAAUAAGACUCAAAAGUCCAAAGUACUCCUUGAUCCACGGGCUAUAGAAUGGAUAAUUGUGUUAGCAGGCAUGAAAACAACCUUCAUCUCAUUGUACAUCUUCAUCGGAGCUCUUUGGUGACCAGGUGCAUUGUCAAUGAGCAGUAAUAUUUUGAAAGGAAUCUUUUUCUGAGUAGUAGGUCUCAACAGUGGGCUUAACAUAUUCAGUAAACUGUGUUGUAAAUAGAUGUGCUGUCGUCCAGGCUUUGUUGUUCCAUUUAUAGAGCACAGACAGGGUAGAUAAGCAUUGAUUUUUAAGGGCCGUAGGAUUUUCAAAAUGGUAAAUGAGCAUUUGCUUCAACUUAAGGCCACCAGGUGUAUUAGCCCCUAAUAAGAGAGUCAGCUUGUCCUGUGAAGUUUUGAAGCCAGGCAUUGACUACUUCUCUCUAACUGUGAAAGUCCUAGAUGGUAUCUUCUUCCAAUAGAAGGCUGUUCCAUCUACACUGAAAAUCUGUUGUUUAGUGUAGCCACCUUCAUUAAUUAUCUUAGCUAGAUUUUCUGGAUAAUAUGCUGCAGCUUCUCUAUCAGCACUUGCCUUGUACUGUGAUCUUACAGAGACAGCUUCUUUACUGAAGCCAGCCUCCUAGCUUCAAACUUUCCUUCUGCAGCUUCCUCACCUCUUUUAGCCUUCAUAGAUUGAAGAGAGUGAGGUCCUUUCUCUGGAUUAGGUUUUGGCUUAAGGAAAUGUUGUGGCUGGUUUGAUCAUCUAUCCAGACCACUAACACUUUCCCCAUAUCAGUAAUAAGGCUGUUUUGCUUUCUUACCAUUCAUGUAUUCACUGGAGUAACACUUUUGAUUCCCUUCAAAAACUUUUCCUUUGUGUUUACAACUUGGCUGUUUGGUGCAGGAGGCCUAGCUUUUGGUCUGUUUCAGCCUUUGACAAACCUUCCUCACUAAGCUUAAUUAUUUCUAGCUUUUGACUUAAAAUGAGAGAUGUGUGACUCUUCCUUUCACCAGAACACUUAGAGGCUAUUGUGGGGUUCCUCAUCGGCCUAAUUUCAAUACUGUUGUUAUGUGGCAGGGAAUAGGGGGGCCCAAGGAAAGGGAGAGAGAUGAGGAAACUCCCAGUUGGUGGAGCAGUCACAACACAACAUUCAUCAGUUAAGUUCACCAUCUUGUAUGUGCAUGGUUUGUGGCAUCCCCAAAUAAUUACAGUAGUAACAUAAAAGACCAUUUAUCACAGAUCACCAUAGCAAGUAUGGUAAUAAUGAAAAAGUUUGAAAUAUUGUGAGAAUUGUCAAAAUGUGACACAGAGGCAUGAAGUUAGCAAAUGCUGUUGGAAAAAUGGUGCCAUUAGACUUGCUCCAUGCAGGGUUAUAAAAAGGUCAGUAAAGUGAAGCACAAUAAAAUGAGGUAUGCCUGUAGUUACAAGGCUAUAGGUUUUGUGGUAUAGUUAAAGCACUAUAGGUCCUGUGUAAAUGAUGAAAAUUUGAGGAUGUUUCCUCAUUAUAAUUUUUAACAUCUUUGUGCUCUAGGGAUUCUCACUAAUAAUUUAAUAUUUAAACUGCAGGGAUAAAUCAUGUCAUUCUCAGUGUGCACAGAUGACAACAUUGAUGUUAAUAUUUUUGAAUGUUAAUUAUGUACCAACCACCCUCUACUUUACAUGCAUUAUUUUAUUAAAUUUCACAAUAGCCAAAUAAGUACAACUAUCCCCACUUUCAGAUUAACUGAGGUUUAGAGAGGUUUUGUAACUGACUCAAGGGAACUUAAACAGUAAGCACCAGACCCUGAACUGGAACCCAGGUCUUUCUAACUGCAGUGCUAUAGUCUUAACCAUUCUGCUUACUUCUUGGGUAGGUGUGGCUAAAAGGAUUGCUGUAUGACCUCCACUCUUUCAGUCGUGUUCCCUCAGCUUACAAUGAUCUUUCCGCCCCUCUUUUCUUAGUACCAUAACAUCUCAUCUGAGAUACCACUUCCUCAAGGAAGCCUUCCCUGACCCACCUGUCUGAAUCAACCCCCUCUUUUAUAGGCUUCUGUAUCCCCACAUAUCUCUUAAUGGCACUUCCCAAGUUGUAGUUUUAUAUUUGUGUGAGGUGAUCUGAAUGAUAGCUGCUCUCCUUUUAGAUUGUAAGUUGUGUGAAGGCAACUAUGUCUAUUUUUUGCUUGUUAUGGUGGAAGAGUUUUGACAAACACUUUACAGGAGCUUAUGUCAAUAAUUGAGUUCCCAUGGAUUUUCAGAAGUAUACAUGAAAAUUAUCAUUAUGAGUUUGAAGGUACAUAUUUUGAGAAAAUGUUUUAUAAUAUUUCAACUUUUUUUUUUCUUUAUAGUGUUGAGGGACUCCAUGCUAUUGUUGUGUCAGAUAGAGAUGGUGUGCCUGUCAUUAAAGUGGCCAAUGACAAUGCUCCAGAGCAUGCUUUGAGACCUGGCUUCUUGUCUACUUUUGCCCUUGCAACAGACCAAGGGAGCAAACUUGGACUUUCAAAAAAUAAAAGUAUCAUCUGUUACUAUAACACCUAUCAGGUGGUUCAAUUCAAUCGUUUACCUUUGGUGGUGAGUUUCAUAGCCAGCAGCAAUGCUAAUACAGGACUAAUUGUCAGCCUAGAAAAGGAACUUGCUCCAUUAUUUGAAGAAUUGAGACAAGUUGUGGAAGUUUCUUAAUCUGGCAGUGGUUUCAGUGUAUACCUUAUCUUCAUUAUAUCAGACACCGUAUCAAUCCAGCAAUCUUUGGACACCAACAACACUUGUAUCCAUGUACUCAAGAAAGGGCCUCUUUUUCCACCUUCCGCUAGCGAAAAAGCCAGUAGAUAGAAUUUAUGGACAGAUUGAUUGUUAUCUUUUCUCGUGUAUGGCUUUUUCUUAUUUAAUGAGGUCGGGAUACCACAGAAAUGGUUCAGUCUAUCACAGCUCCUAUGGAGUUAGUCCAGUCACCAAAUACGCGUGAGAUUCUGUUCGGUGGCUCAGAAUCAAUAAGAUACUUUGAUCCACUUGAGCCGUGGAGUGUUCCCUAUUGUACAGUAUGCCAGGCCUGCAGAAUGAAGCAGACUCUUUUUAUUGUGAAUAAUGAGGACAUAUUUUUCUUCAUAUUAUUUUCUUUGUGUUGAGUGUGAAGAAGGUAAAAUGGCUUAGUAAAAGUAAUAAAAUCAGUACAAUC